UUUAGUCCCAUAAGAAACAUUAUGGGCCGAGCCCAAUAAUAUUAUUACUCUAUUUUAUUCAUUGAUAUGAUAUAUAAUAUAGUUUUUCAUUCCUAAUUAUAUACUUUAACACCAAUACUGCCUAAUUUAUUCUAACAAUUAUGCUAUCUAAAGUUUACUUAUUUUUCCACUUAGGAAUGGAUCCACACAAUUCAAAAAUUGAUCCAUCAGAGUUCGAGGCCACACCUUCGGAAUUGAGAACUCUAGAAAGGGAGCUCGAGGAGAAGACGAAGAAGAUGGAAGAAAUGAAGAGGAAGAUCGAAGGUAAAAAGGUUUGUUUAGAGAAGAAGAAGGAUGAUGGGAAGUUUUCAAAGAAAGGAAUGGAAGUUUUUAAGGGGUUAUGUGGAAAAUACAAGAGCUUGAGAAAGGAAUACAAUGAAACAUUGGAGAAACAGACAAGGGAAUCCUAGGAAUUGUGUAAUUAAUGACCAAAGACUUGAAUGUCUCUACCACAUGUUAUUUUAAUUAUUAAUAAAAAUCUAAAUUAAUUUAUUCAUGUC